AUGCCGCCACCGCCGCUGGAGAUGAUUAUGAUGUCGUCGUACUCAUAUGUGCAAUUCCCGCAGCUACAUCACGGCUACUCCUUACCGGCGCAAGAAGGAGACACGUGGAUGUCGGACUUUAACGAUAGGGCAUUGGAAAGGUUUGACUCGUGGGCUAAUAAUAACGCAGGCAGUAAUGGAGAUUUCCCCGUCGUUGAAAACGUACUCGGAUUUGAACCGGCGGAUCGAGCAGCGGUCGAAAAUCUGGAAAUAAAGAAGGCCGAAGACGAGUUUGCGACGCACGAUAAUUGUUGUUCAGUCUGCUUAGAAGGUUGGGAGAAAGGUGACGAUGUUAAGAUUUUGCCGUGUGGACACUAUUUUCACCCGGCCUGCGCCGACGAGUGGUUGUUGACCAACCGUUUUUGCCCACUUUGUCGUUUUGAGUUGCCGCCAACAUCGAUUCCUUUGUUACAAGAAUGA